CUCGCGACUUUAAGCUCCCGAAUGCGAUAGUGUUCGGUGGACCAAGCUCUCUGCUUUUCCCCAGAGAUUCCACAUAUUAUCCUUAGAGCCUUUUCACAAAAGCAAUGUUAAGACAAAUCAGACCAUUUUUAAAAUCAACUGGCGCUGGCGCCCUCAAAACAUCUUGCUUGUCGAGAACCUUUCAUUACUCCGCAAACAGCUCGGCGCAGAAUCGAGUAUAUAAUUCGAUCCGACAUGAAGACGAAUUCUCCUCUCUCCUCCUUCUAUCCGCCAGCAACAAUGUCCCCUUGGUGACUCUCUGGACAGCCUCAUGGUGUCCUUCAUGCAAGGUGGUCGCUCCCAUGCUAAAAGACCUCAUUGAGCGAGAGCGCGUGGGGGAGCAAGAAGGAGGAGUACAUUAUGCAGAAGUUGAGAUUGAUUCGCCUACUAUUGGGGAUUUGGCCAUGAGAUACAUGAUCACAUCCCUUCCGACAUUGCUAUCAUUCAGUCGAGAGGAGGCGCAAAUGGAGACACGGGUCACCGCUUUAAAGGACCUGAAACGACCCGACUUUCUGAGAGAAUGGCUCGAGGCAGAGGCUCGGAGAGGCGGUGCUGGAGGGAGCGGUGGCGGAGGACCAUUUGGGUUAUUUGGUCGAUAAACGGUCCCCUCCGCAGCGCUAGAAGAUAGAAGAGGCUUUACACAUCUCACGGUCAGGAUAUGCCAGUGCGGGUUCCCGUAAAUAAGCCAUUGGGCCCUCGGGGCUGUCAUUAGAUUCAUUUUGGCGAGACACACUCGUUCAAUCUCUGCUGAUGCAUUGCAGCAAUGAAAGGGGCGUGAGUCUCGCCCUCAAAA